UUGAGUGGAAGGCAUCCCGGCUACAUGCUCUCCGGAUGAUUAUCAUUCAGCAUGGGCUCAUAAAUUGCCACGAACUGAGCGGGUAAAAGACCAGUCACUGCAAACCAGGCUUCGUGAGACUCGGCGGAGAGCUCCAUUCAUACACCAGGACCUGAGACGAAGGAAAACCAUGGAAGAGUACUUUUCAGCUGUGCACAAAAUGGAACAGACAGUCAUGUUUCCCAGUCUUCUACAAGGAGUCUCUUUGGAAGGGAAGGAGGACACGUCUGAUUCUGGCUCUGAGGAAAAAGACCUGUACGAGUAUUACAUGUUGUUGAAAUCCAUCAAGUUGGUGGUGGAAGGAGGCCUGCUGCCCCGCAGCCACCAAACAUCUCUCGUUAGUGAAGAAGAGGUUCAUGAAGACGAGGACUUGGAAGGCUUCUUCCACUACCACGUCUCCAGUUUGUACCGCGUCCUCACGCAGCUGACCCAGAGAGCCAAUGCAGUGACCUCCAAAUACAAUGAAAUUAUGGGGCAGAUAAACGGGAACGAAAAGAGACUCAGCUUCUGAGAAAAGCACAGCUGAAGGAGACAAAGGUCAUCUCACCGCGAUCACCAGGAGGCUGCAUGGCUGAUAUUGACAUUCAGCUCGACUUUGCUCCAAGGGACUUGUUUUCGUGUGGCUGGUGUUCUGUUGUGAUCAUAGGAAAGAAUACUUGAAUACUUUUCAUCGGCUCAUGACACUGAUUAGCAAGAAAAUCCAUUCUGAUCAAUUUCAAAUUGUGAUUUAUGCCUCUCAUAAUUAUUUCCAAGGACUCCUUUUGUAUAUUUUAGCACAGUCCACACUUUGAUUGUUGCUUGCCUGCGACAAUCCAGUGCUUGUAUGUUAUUAUUUAUAUCAAACUGUAUUUGAUGCUGAUACGCUCACAGUUAAUAAAAUGUUCUGUAAAAAGACA